AUGGCCGAGCUUCCAUUGAAUACCUUGUCCCAGGACAACUUGAGCCCUAACACAAUGAGCCCCAAUACUUUAUCGCCGGAAACACUGAACAUCAAGAAACGGAUCAUGGAUUCGGGGAGGCGGUUCAGCACGGUGACACAACUUGAUCCCGAAACUCUAGAAACGGUGAAGAAAAAAUCUGGAGGAGUUGACUCUAUCGGUGAAGAAUCGACCAGCGAUCAUAAAAUGACGCGAAAAUUCACUGCCACCCUAGGACAUCUGGCUCUCUACAAAGCGUCGGACGAGGAUGGACAACCAGCGUCCUUUAUUUCCGGUUACACCACGCCCGGUCCGAAAGAGCGCGCAAGCAGUAAUCACAAAAAGGCCAACCUUGGUGUUCUGCUCGGGGUUUAUUUGCCGACAAUUCAGCAUAUUCUUGGCGUCACAAUGUUCAUUCGGCUCUUCUGGGUUGUCGGAAUGGCCGGUUUAUACUGGACGAUGGUUUUGUUAGCUAUAUGCUGUCUCUGUACCCUGCUCACCUCUAUUUCCCUCUCCGCGGUGGCCACAAAUGGAGUUGUUGAGAGCGGUGGAGCGUACUUCAUUAUCAGCCGCAAUUUGGGAGCAGAAUUUGGGUCGGCUGUCGGUAUACUAUUCUACUUGGCCAAUACUGUCGCUGCGUCGAUGUACAUCGUAGGAGGAGUUGAAGUGCUCCUGAUGUACAUCGUUCCUGAUAUGGCAAUAGGUGGUCGCGAGGCCCUCCACGACACUGACCGUAAGAAUAUUUUUCCAUUGAAAAUCAUUUCGAAAAGAAUACUGAUAAGGGAAGGAUAUUUGGUCUCAGUGGCCAUUCAAGAUGAGAUGUACACCCUCGUAGAUGGUUUCAAACGCUGA